UAAAUGAAUAAAAUAAAAUUAAUUUCGAUUUUGCCAUGAUUCCGAAAACUGAAAUCUGUCAAUCAGCGUGAAGAAACAUUAAAGGCGUUUUAUCUAUGCGAUAUGUUUUACAGCUUGGUUUCAAUGAAAUAAUUUAUGUAAUCACAAGUAAAUUUCUUUUUUUUUCAAAUGGUACAUAGAUCAAGUUCGAAGUGAUUUUUUAAUUCAGUUAUUUUAACUUAAAUGUUUGCACAAUAAUGCAUAAAUACAAAACCAAAUCCGUUUUCUGUUUAAAUCGCUAGAGAAAAAAAAUACCAAUAGAGAACGCUAGUGAGCAACGUCGAGAACACGCGAUUUGACAUAAUCCCGCGAGGAGCUGGGGAAAUAGAAAAACGCGGAACGGUGACAUGGCUGGUGGCGGUGGUGCAUUGUCACUGUGUGUCCUGCAAAGAAAAGCUAUCGGCAGUGAAAAUGUCCUGUACGCGAGUGAUCCGUAAUGUGGGAAAAGUGUUUUCUACAUAGUUUAGCUUUCGAGAAAGCUAUUUAGCGUGUUCCGUUUUAUUAUUUUCAUCCACUGUUUAAUGAAUGCGAUUGGGUCGUGCAAUUAUCAACUGUUAAAAGGCGGAGAAAAUCUCCGACGGAAAAUUUGCACCAUUGACCGCUAGCGCCCUGGUGUGAAAAGGGCGAAUACAUUAAAUUCUAAAGCCAGUAUUGGCCCUUACGGGUGCCGAACAAUCAAUGAACAUGCUGACAAAACAAGUGAACAGAAAGUAGCAGUAUGAAAUGUAGCUGUUACAGUAAAAGCCAUCGGUUUUGGUGUUUAAUACUAGCAAACGAAACAAUCGCAAAGAUUGCCCCUGCAUUCUACUGCAGCACAGCAUCUAACGUAGAGUGAAUAAUCGAAGGCUUCGGAAAAUGGGAGCAACAGAUUUGUAAGGCAAUAGUAACUUCAAACCGCUGCAAUCGAUUACCGUACAUAAUCAUUAGCUAAGAACAUCGCCGUGCCAUCAUCAUUUUUCUGCGAACUCCUACUACAUCACACAGUAUUACAACGACAACGAAUCGUAUGCCAAGCAUACAGUACUAAUAGCACCAUGGGAAAGGAGCUGAUGAACAGUAGCAACUUCUGCCAACAGCUCGGAGCAACGUUGGUACGCAAUUUUAAGCUAAAGAUCAGAGACUCACGCAAAACGAUAGCGGAAGUAUUUCUGCCGCUCUACACGCUGGGCACACUGAUAGUGUUGAAAAUCCUCAUACCGAAUCCCAACUUUCCCGCCAUCACGGAGCCACGCGGUGCAGCGACGCUGUUCGAACACUUUCAACACCAUAAGGCCCACACGAUUGCCGUGUUGCCGCAGCCAAACUCCUCCACGACAGUUCCGUUUCUGAGCGAGGUCAACGAACUAUGGAUGUCGAAUCGACGCCACCAGCCAGGAAUACAUCCGAUCAAGUGGAUGGUGUACGAAACGCCGGAAGAAUUGCUUGCCGCCUACUGGCGGGAUCCGAGCAAGAUGCCCCUGGCACUAAUAUUUCACUCGGACGAUCCACUGUUCGGUCCGCUGCGGUACGAAAUUCGCACGAAUCCUUCAUUCUAUGUUACACCAUCGACGACAGAGCUGUAUUCGUCGCUGGUCACGUGCAGACAAUCCGAUAGCUACUGGUCGGCGGUAAUCCCGAUCGAAACGGGCGACUCGUGUCCGGUAAAUCAGUACUACUAUUCGGGGUUUAUAGCGCUACAGACCCUGCUCGACUAUACUAAGAUCCGGAUCGUGACGCAGAACGAAGAGCUACAGAUACCUCAUAUUACGCUAGAGAUGUUUCCCAAGGAAGCCUACACUGGCAACUGGAUGGUGGCGUUUAGGCUGGUCAUUCCGAUCUACAUGGUGAUGGCACUAUCGCAAUUCAUUACAUAUCUGCUAAUACUGAUCGUCGGCGAGAAGGAGAACCACAUCAAGGAGGGAUUAAAGAUAAUGGGAUUAAGGGAUUCCGUCUUCUGGUGUGGUUGGUUCGUCAUCUACGCCGUGUUUGUAACAUUUCUUAGCUUCGUCUCAGUGAUUCUCGUGUUUUCGUUGGGUGUCUUUCAACAUACGAACUACCUGCCAGUAUUUAUACUGAUUCUGCUGUACAGCUUUUCUGUUAUUCUGAUCGGCUUCAUGAUUACACCAUUCUUUGACAACUCUCGGACUGCUGGCAUACUGGGGAACUUUGCGGUCAACAUUAUGUCGCUACUGUACUUCUUGCAAGUGUUCAUCGACGAUACACACACCUCGGCAGCAUUGUGGACCGUGUCACUCAUUUCCCCCACAGGGUUUGCUCUGGCAAUGGACAAAAUUCUCGUGCUGGACAUAUCCGGUCAGGGUGUUACGCUGAACAAUCUCUGGACCGGACCGGGCAUUCCAAUCGGUGGAUCCAUCCUGAUGCUCGUCGUUGACAUUGUGUUGUACGCGGCGCUGGCAUUCUACUUCGACUGUGUGAUUCCAUCGGACCAUGGUACGAAACAGAAGCCUUGCUUCUGUCUGAACCGAAACUACUGGUGUAAGAAAAAAGUGCCAAAAGUACCAUUGCUGAACGGCGAAUCGGCCAACUCGUUUAACAAUGCACUCGAGGAUCAGGCACGCGAUGUGGAACCAGUGUCCCGCGAGAUGCGCGGCAAGGAAGCGAUCCGUAUAGUGGAUCUGUACAAGACUUUCCACUCCUGUCGCAAACCGGCAGUGAACGCGGUCAAUGGAAUCAAUCUGACCAUCUACGAAGGACAGAUAACGGCGAUUCUUGGCCACAACGGAGCAGGCAAGAGCACUCUUUUUAACAUUCUCACCGGACUGACGUCGCCUACAUCGGGCACAAUAUACAUCUUCGGGUACGAUGUACGUGAUCCGAACGAUAUGACCAUGAUCCGACGUAUGACAGGAGUGUGUCCACAGCAUGACAUACUGUUCGAAACGCUCACACCGAAGGAACAUCUGUACUUUUUCGCUGCCGUUCGUGGCAUUCCGCCGGCAUUGGUGGACAGCGAGGUGAAGAAAACGUUGCGCGAUAUUGACUUGUUCGAUACGGCGGAGACGCGAGUGAAGCAUCUGAGUGGUGGUCAGAAGCGCAAGCUUUCCGUCGGUAUUGCCAUUAUUGGUGAUCCAAAGAUUAUCAUACUGGACGAACCGACGGCGGGUGUGGAUCCGUACUCGAGGCGGCACAUGUGGUCCAUUCUGCAAAAUCGCAAACACGGAAAGGUGAUCCUGUUGACGACCCAUUUUAUGGAUGAGGCUGACAUUCUGGCGGAGCGAAAGGCCGUUGUGUCUCGCGGAAGAUUACGGUGCUGCGGCUCAUCGCUCUUCUUAAAGAACAAGUUCGGCAUCGGCUAUCAUCUGACGCUGGUAUUGGAUACUAAUGCAUGCGAAACUUCCAUCACAAAGUUGGUUAACGAACAUGUUCCGCAGGCCGAGAAAGCCCGUCGGCACGGCCGUGAACUGAGCUACAUCUUACCACACGAUGCGGUGAACUCGUUCGUGUCUCUGUUUGAUGAUAUCGAGAAUGAGAUUAAAACAAAACGUAUGAUGCUAGGUAUCUGCUCGUACGGUGUGUCCAUGACGACUCUGGAAGAGGUAUUUCUGCAUCUGGAAACGCAGCGUGAAGGUGAACAGAAGGCCGGCGAUGCGGGUGAAGGGGAAGACGGAGAAGGAGACGGUGAGGAUGACGAGGAAGAUAGACAGGCGGCUGGUUAUCCGGUGUCAGAAAAUCUCAGCCGCAAAGUCAUGAAAACUAGAGGCCUCCCCAGAAGCUUAUCGCUACAGGAGCGCAGCAACAGUUAUCAGUCGCUCAAGAACGACACCAAAACGUUGCUCGACGAGCAAAACGCGGAAAAUAAAGCAUCCCUACAGGAUAAUCGAAUGCAGUUUGAUACUAUCAUACCUAUCAACGGGCUCGGGUCGGACGGUGUUAGUCAGGGUACGGCCGGCUCCGGAAUUCAUCCGAUGUCCGUAGGCGGUGGUGUUGCCGGUGGUGGAGGUCAAUCUUCGGCCGUCAAUUCUCCACAGUCCCAACGAAUGCAUCGCAAAAAGCACCACCGUUCAUCACGCAAUGGAGUAAGCAAAAGCACCAAGAGUAUCUACGAAGAUCAGACUCAAACGCAUGCGUCCGCAUCGGCAGUAAAGUUGAAUAGCCAAAACCGCACGAACUGGAUGGAUUUGGAUGACAUUCCGCUAUAUCCGUCGAGGUGGAGUACGAUCGGAGCCCUGCUGAAACUUCGACUGACAAUCCUGUUCCGGGAUAUACAACGGUUGUAUCUGUUGAUCAUACUUCCGCUGGCAUUCACGGCUCUCGGGCUGUAUCUAAAUUCCAUACAGGUACUGUCUCCGAUCAUGCGCUCCAUACUGCUCGAUAAUACCACCUACGGUAGCAACAUUACAAAGAUCGCCAUACACGACAAUACCAAUCCUACCGGGUGGCCUCAUGCCGCUUUCGUUUAUCACCAUCACCAUCAGCAACGGCAGCAGAAGCGUGAGUCUCAGAAGCAUUAUGAUCCGAUCCCACAAUUUUUGCACCAGAAGCAUCAUCAGCAGCAGCAACAAUCGAAAGAGGCGGCACAUUUGUAUCAUCGGUUCCUGGCAGAGCUACACCGGUCGGCCAACGUGACGGAAGAUUAUAAUGGUAACUUUUCGUUGCUACUUGACAUAGCUCCGCACAUGGCUGCAUUCAAUGUGAAUGUUAUAUCCUGGUCAAAUGUAUCCAUCACCACGCUGUACAACGAUACCACACAGCAUAGUCUGCCGAUUAUUUUGAAUCUGAUCAGCAACACACUGCUGCGCGUGUAUGCCGAACUAACGCCGGCAUCUAUAAACUCUCAGCAUCUGCUCUAUCAGCGUGCCGGUCCUGGGCGGAAAGGCCCGGUACCAACAUCCAAUGCGCAGUCCACACUCGAUUAUCAAGACGAUGGGACAGAUGUUGAAAAUCUGGACGACGUGGCAUUUCAACCUUUACCUUCGAGCACCAGUUCAAGCACUACUUCUUUUUCUGCCGGUGCUACCCCAGACCGUACCUCGAGCGACUCCAUGCUGCGUAUUGAACUGUGGUCCCAUCCAUUCCAGCAAACGGCCCAACCACAAGAGUUCAAUAUAGGCACGUUCUCGUCGGCACUGUUUGUGGGAAUGAUAUUUGUGCUGAUUCCCGUCUCGCUGGCCGUUGACAUGGUGUACGACCGUGAAAUGAAAGCCAAAAAUCAACUGCGCGUUAAUGGACUCUCGUCAUCUCUGUACCUAUCGGCAUACUUUAUCGUGCUGUCCGGCCUGAUGCUAGUUAUUUGUGCUGCUUUGCUUGGGCUUGUGUUUCUAUUCGACAUUCCAUCGUUCCGGCAGCCCCCGGCACUCAUCACCUUGGGAAUGCUAGUGUUUCUCUACUCGCCAGCCGGUAUCCUUUGUUCCACUUGCUUCUCUUACUUCUUUGAUCGUACCGAUUCAGCGCAAUCGAUUCUACCCAAUAUAUUGACGUUUGUAGGAUUGAUCCCGUUCAUUUUGGUUGUGUUUUUGGACAUGCUGGGAAUUGAGGUUAAGGCAGCGAUAGCACUACAUUACGUGUUUUCCUUGAUCAAUCCUAUGUACAUUCCGUACGCAACGGUGUACUUCGUCGACCGGGUAUACAUCGCGUGCCGAUUGAGCUCGGCAUGUGCGGAACUGUCGAUGGCUCAUUACAUGACCGAAGAGGUGAUAGUAAUGGCAUGUGGGUGUCUGUUGCACAUUCCAAUCUGGGCGUUCUGCUUACGUGUGUCUGACGUGAUGAAAAGCGGCGGUCGUAUGCGAGAUCUCUUCCAUCGAUCGGCGAGCGAAGAAGAUGUAAUGACCGAAGAACAGUGCACCGGCGAAUAUGAAGAUGAGGAUGUACGCAACGAGCGGAGUCGCGUGUUCCGGCUUACAUCCAAUCCACAACAAACGCAGCAGGACGACUUCACAGGUCCGCUUGCUCAGCCGGUAGUAUUGGUCAAGAGUCUUCGCAAGGAGUUCUCUCAGGAAUCGCUAUGCGGCAAUUGCUGCUGUUGCGCGGAUGACGAACCUCCAAGAAAGAAGAUUUCCGUACGAAGUCUAUCGAUUGCAGUGGACGCGGGAGAGGUAUUAGGCUUGCUCGGCCACAACGGUGCUGGUAAAACGACCACCAUGAAGAUUAUGACGGGUGAAACGGCUCCGACGCGUGGUACGGUUCGCGUCGCCGGUCACAGUAUUACUAUCAAUCAAGACGAUGCCUUUAAAACGUUGGGCUACUGCCCACAGCACGAUGCUCUGUGGAAGAACGUGACGGUGCGCGAGCAUCUAGAGCUGUAUGCGCGUAUACGAGGAGUGCGUGGCAAGGAUUUGAACCGAUUGAUAUCUACCUAUUUGACGGGGCUGCAUAUAAACGAACAUGCAAACAAACAAACCCAACACUGCUCAGGUGGUACCAGGCGUAAGUUGAGCUACGCAAUGGCGAUGGUGGGAGCUCCUAAAGUAGUACUAUUGGAUGAACCUUCGACCGGAAUGGAUCCAAAGUCGAAAAGAUUCCUCUGGGACACUAUUCUGGCCAGUUUCCAUGGUAAACGAUGUGCUAUGUUGACGACUCAUUCGAUGGAGGAGGCCGACGCGCUCUGUUCACGCGUUGGGAUAAUGGUUAAAGGAGAACUAAGAUGUCUCGGGUCAACGCAACAUUUGAAGAAUCUUUACGGUGCCGGUUACACGCUGGAGAUUAAGCUGAAGCACAUAGAAAACAUAUACAGUGAAACACCAAUCGAAAGCCAACCCAGCAGCAGCCAGGAGCAGCUACAGCUCGACCAAAGUACCGACCACAUUGCACCGGUUAUCAGCAACUGCAUUGACAAUCGUUCGAUGGCGUUGCGCAAUUUCGUAACGGAUCUGUUUCCGAGUGCCACCUUGGAAGAAAGCUUUGCCGAUCGGCUAGUAUACUCUGUACCACAGCAAGCCGUCAGUUCCUUAGCUGAAUGUUUUUCACGGCUCGAGAAAGCCAAAACCGAGCUAGACAUAGAGGAAUACUCAUUCAGCCAAACAACACUAGAACAAGUGUUCUUAAAGUUUGCCCACUACGACGAGGAAACCUCCAGUGUGCAGUAGAUUAUACAGUAAUCGAUCAUAGAUCAUCAACGAGAAGACAGCCUCCGAUCGAAUUAUCCUUGAGAUUAGUUUUGCAAAAUCUUACUCUACAGCAUUUGAUAGAUACUUAUGUGCGUGAUUAUAACAAAUAUCUUACUUGCACACUGUGCGUGUGCUAAGGGAAAUCAUGUUUGGAUGUGUGUUUGUGCGUGUAUAGAGAGUGAGGAGCGUAAUAAAAGCGACUAGUAUUAGACAAAAUUUCGUCAUCACGACACCAAACAUUCAACAUGCAACAGAAAGCAUUAGGGUGUUGCAUUGAAACCGCUACCAUUACCAUCUAGGGCAAGUAAAGUGUCGCUGUGUCAGCAUGUGGAGCAUUGUGCAAAUGUAAGUAAAUUUAUCUAAAGUAAAUAAUUUGUGCAAUAAUUUCAGGUGAAAGGAAGAAAAAUCUGCAAAUUUAAAAAAUCAUCGAAAUGAAGAAAAAUGGCUGUUUUUGGCCGUGGUUAAGAGCGAUAGCUAAACGAAAAGAACAAAAGCGGAGGCAAAGUGCAAUGAAUGGCGCAGAGCGAACAUUAAUGGUUGCAACUAGAAUGUAAAAUUCAUGCAAAUAAGGAUAAAACCGCAUAUUAAUCUAAACAGGGCGAACACGUUGAGUAUAGUGCGAUGAAUGAAGGAUAUUGGAAAAGGUUAGUAAAAUAUUACAAUAAUUUAAAACAAAACCUAACUACAUAGUAAACGAAUGCCACUGUUUUUGUGAAGCAGUUGAAGCGUCUUCUCUGUAUGCAAAUUUUUGCUGAGAAAUCUUUUAGAUUUAAAUGAUAUUUAAAAGAAAAAAAAAAACCAAAAAAACUAGUAAAAACUCUUUAACGACAAACAAGCAAACACGCAAGCAUGCUAUAGAGCGGGCAAGUGAAUUAAACAAUAAGAUAACUAAGCUAAAUUUAGGUGUAUAAGAAGACUAAACGAAAAGGCAAGGAUAAUAUGCACGAGGCAAAGGAAGCUAACUAAAUAAGGAAUCUGAAACAGAUGUCAAAUCAUUGUAGAGCAUAAUAGCUGGUUGGAAUGAGUAUAGCGAUCAACAGAUCUGCAAUGAGAUUAUAGUGUGUAUUUAAGCACUACAAUAACAAGAUCAAGACGAUGAUCAUUGCAUGGUAUGCAAAUUUGACAUAGCUAUCGAAACAAGGUAACAUAUUAACAUGCAAAAUUUGUACAAUGCCACAUUGACAAAAAAAAAAUAAAAAAAGAUGCAAAACAGAAAAUCAUUUCAAAAUAAUUUGAUUUGAAAACUGUGAUUCAAAAUGGGAAUAUUGGUAAGCAGAGAAGUUGAAGCAUGACAAGUAGGUAAAUAAUUAAACAAAACAACAGACACACACACAAGCGCGCAUUCACCUAAUAAUUCUUUUUCGCCAAUGAUGAAUGUGGAAAGCAACAUUCAUAACAGCUAGCGCAUCGUGGAAUACAUGCAUUACAGAUUAAAGAGAAACUAAACCCGUUCUUAGAAAAAAAAACAACCACAUGAAGGAAAUAAAACCAACUAAAGUUGCAUCUCACCGAUGCCAAACCAGGAUCGAAGCAUGAAACAUGUCGAGUGAGAUGCGUAGAGCGAUAAAGUACUAAGCGUCAUCAAAGGCUAAAGAAAGCUUUUAUCGGUUUGUAAUGGAAGUAAGGUAGGAUUAGCGAAACGUGAAGCACUUUAAAAUAAAGUUUUGGAAAAGAGUCAUUGACGUGAAACAUAACUUAUCAAAA